CAGUUCUUCUUUCUCUAUAUGUAUUAGGUGACUGAUCCCUAUGACAGUUCUUCCUCCAUGCUUUCCAUAUGUAUCAGGUGACCGCUCCCCAUCUCCAUGACAUCCUCGGCUGUCCUCCCUUCGGCUGUCCUUCUCUCUCCGCCAUGCUAGGGGGCAGCACUCUCCCGCCGCUCUUCGGCCUCGCUUCUCCCUGUUCUCCCGGAAGCAGCUGCUAGGCCGGGCGCGAGUAGCAGUCAGAUGAGCCGCUAGCCGCCGGUGACUAGGCGCUGCAGGCCCGGUGCCUGAAGAGCAGGGGCCGCCCUCCGGUGCUCCAUCCCCAGGUACCAGCUCUCCGCCCGCAGGCCCGGGUUGAACCAAUGCCAGAGCAAGGACCGAGGAUGAACGGCUUCUCACUGGGGGAGCUCUGCUGGCUCUUUUGCUGCCCGCCAUGCCCGAGCCGGAUCGCCGCCAAGCUGGCCUUUCUGCCCCCGGAGCCCACCUACACCGUCCGGGAGACCGAGGCGACCUCGGGACAGGCCUCAGCACAGGCGGAAGAGGGGGGCGAGCCCGCGGCCUGUCUGCCCCCGCCAUGCAGUCUGCACCUGACGGAGCGGGCGGACUGGCAGUACUCGCAGCGGGAGCUGGACGCGGUGGAGGUGUUCCGCUGGAGGACGGACCGGGGCAGCUGUCUGGGCUGUAUGUUCGUGCGCUGCGCCCCCGGGAGUCGGUACACUCUGCUCUUCUCACACGGCAACGCCGUCGACCUGGGCCAGAUGUGCAGCUUCUAUAUCGGCCUGGGCUCCCGGAUCAACUGCAACGUCUUCUCCUACGACUACUCCGGCUACGGGGUGAGCAGCGGCAAGCCCAGCGAGAAGAACCUGUACUCCGACAUCGAGGCCGCCUGGCACGCCCUGCGGACACGAUAUGCAGUCAGCCCUGAAAACAUUAUCCUCUAUGGCCAGAGCAUUGGCACAGUCCCUACGGUAGACCUAGCAUCACGUUAUGAAUGUGCAGCUGUCAUUCUACAUUCCCCCCUUAUGUCGGGGUUGCGGGUUGCUUUUCCUGACACAAGAAAAACCUACUGUUUUGACGCCUUUCCCAGCAUUGACAAAAUUUCUAAGGUGACGUCUCCAGUACUAAUAAUCCAUGGAACAGAAGAUGAAGUGAUCGAUUUCUCCCAUGGCCUGGCAAUGUAUGAGCGCUGCCCACGGGCUGUCGAGCCCCUUUGGGUGGAAGGAGCAGGGCACAACGACAUAGAGCUGUAUGCGCAGUAUCUAGAAAGACUAAAGCAGUUCAUAUCUCAUGAGCUACCCAACUCCUGAGAGCCUCCGCCAGUCUUACCUCAGUUACUGUGAACGGCAGAAGCGGCGAGUCUUUCAAGACGUGUCCACUAUGGUGCUGGGCAAUCAUACCAAUGCCCGAACAUGCCCACAUUGGGGCUAGAUCACUCAGAUCAAGCAUCCAGUGGCACCUGUCUUUUUUUUUUUUUUUCUGUUUUAUUUUUUUGGUUUUUCUUAAUUCAUGUGCUGUCAGCUGCUGUAUCUAAAAUCUCAGCCUUUUGGAGGAGUCCAUUAAAAAGGAUCUGGAGCCUCAUUUUCUAGAGCACAGUUUAUAGAACAUGUUUACACAAUAACAUUUUGGAGGACAUCAUCAUGCUGACGGUAAAUCCCAUCAAGACGGCUUCGGGGCCGCUGGCUUUUUUUUCUUUUCUUUUUCUUUUUUUAUCUUGGUUGGACCUAAAGCAGAAUUUUACCUAAUAAUACAUCUAUUCUACUUUAAUGGAUGAUUUUUUUUUUUUUUAACUGAAUCAAGGAGUUUUGCUUGUUUGGUAAAUCAUAUAACGUGGUAUUGUGAUGGGGCAUUUCUGGGCAGAUUUGUAAUUCCCGGUAGGACGCUGAAUAAUUCAAGUAUUUAUCCAUGGUAAAUUAUUUCCAUGUAAUAUCAUGUAAGAUGAAUAAAUGGAUAGAGUUCAUAGAUCAUUAUUUAAAAAAUCUCUUGAAAAAUUCUUAACCCCGGCUCAUGGGACAUUCGCAUAAGUAAAAUGUGAUGUAAAAAUUUUAAUGUGAACCUUUAUUAGUAGAGAGCUGUAACUCCUUUGCCUUUAGUUUCCCUUCCCGUACUCACGAAUGCAUUCCAUAUAGAUUCCGUUGCUCCCUUUCGACAUUAAAGUCUUGCCGUUCUGUUUAUUUCUUGUCCUUAUACACGAAGAAAUGACUGGCCCGCUUUUUUUAAACAACUUCAAGGGUUUUGUUAACUUUUUAUCCCUGGAUUUGUUUUUCUUUUUCUAUUAAGUGAUUUUUUAUAAGGAUUUGUGAGAAAAAAAAGCUGUAAAGAAUACAAAAAUUCUACUACAGUUUGUAGUAUAUUUUCCCCUUUUUUGACACUGGAAAGGCACAAAGUGUAACACUACAUGUUUGGGUCUAUGUCCCCUUGCUGGAGAGGUGCAGGCUCGACUCUGGUUCUUAAUCCCUGUGGGUAAACAGGUGAACAUCCCUUUUUCCUUGAUCUCUAGCAUUAAAGGGAUUGUAGGCCUGAAAAUAUACUGUGAGUCUAAGAAAUUGUUUUGUUAACGGAAUAUGCGCUGAUUUGUUUCUUGUUGCUUGAGGACAGUACUACAAUUGUGUUGGAAUAAAGAAUGCAUGGAA